CGGUGGCGGCGGUGAGCGCGUUGCAGCCAGCGCGGAGAACAUGCGGCGGGGAUGGGAGUGUGCCUAGUCCCGAGGUGGAACAGCCAGCCGCCUCGCCGCCCGCCCAGCGGCCAUAGGUACAGCCCGGCAACCCAGCCCGGGACCGGGGGGCGCCGUCGCCCUGCUUCCGCGCCGCUGCUCCCCUGCUCGGAGCGCCUCGGCUCUGUCUUCCCUUCCCCCACCUCGGGCUGAGCUCCGGGACCGACGCAUCCAAGGCGGCCUCGGCUGGCCCAGGGUCCGGGAAGCACCCCGCAGUCCACCUGGCCGCUCUCGCUUUACAGGUUCUGCAGCGAGUGAGUUCCCCAGUACACUUGGGAGCGAAUCUGGAACCCCCGGCCUGCUGCGGAGCUCCUUGCGGCCCGGCUCGGAGGCGCUGCGGCCGGGCCGCGCGUCCCUGUCAACCGGCACCAUGAACACCAUAGUCUUCAACAAACUCAGCGGCGCAGUGCUGUUUGAGGACCGUGGCGCUCCGGAGCGGGAGUGCGGUGGCCGGCCCUACGGUGGCGUCCUGGAUUCUCCGCACUCACGCCCGGAGAUGGGCGUUCCUGACGGUCCGCCCCUCAAGGACAACCUGGGCCUGAGACACCGGAGGACCGGGACCCGGCAAAAUGGUGGGAAGGUGAGGCACAAGCGACAGGCCCUGCAAGACAUGGCGCGGCCGCUCAAGCAGUGGCUUUACAAGCACCGUGACAACCCGUACCCCACGAAGACCGAGAAGAUACUUUUGGCACUUGGCUCGCAGAUGACCCUCGUUCAGGUGUCAAAUUGGUUCGCUAACGCUAGGCGUCGGCUGAAGAAUACUGUUCGGCAGCCGGAUUUAAGCUGGGCCUUAAGAAUCAAGCUAUACAACAAGUACGUGCAGGGCAAUGCUGAGCGCCUCAGCGUGAGCAGCGACGACUCCUGUUCUGAAGAUGGAGAAAAUCCUCCAAGAAACCACAUGAGCGAAGGGAGCUAUAGCACCCCUGUCCAUCACUCUGUGAUUAAAGGAGAGAGCUCAGUGAUAAAGGCUGGAGUGAGGCCAGAGUCCAGGGCUGCCGAGGACUACGUAUCCCCUCCCAAAUACAAGAGCAGCUUGUUGAACCGCUACCUCAACGACUCUUUGAGACACGUCAUGGCCACAAGCACUGCCAUGAUGGGGAAAACAAGGCAGAGGAACCAUUCGGGGUCUUUUAGCUCCAAUGAGUUUGAAGAAGAGCUAGUGUCUCCAUCAUCAUCGGAAACAGAAGGCAACUUCGUCUAUCGCACAGACUCUCUGGACAUUGGAUCCAGUAAAGGUGACAGUGCAGCUAACAGAAUGGGACCCAGCAAGGAUGACACGUACUGGAAGGAAAUCAAUGCAGCCAUGGCCUUGACAAACCUUGCACAGGGAAAAGACCAAGUGCAGGGGACAACCAGCUGCAUCAUCCAGAAGUCGUCCCACAUAGCAGAAGUAAAGACCGUCAAGGUUCCCCUGGCACAGCAUUUCUAGAGGGUGGCCGGUGGAUGCUGAGCACAUCAGUGUUUUUGCCUAAGUCCUUGUCCUAAGAGCCAAAGAAGAGGUGAAGAGGACUCCCAUCCAGCCCUCCUCUUAAGUUCAACUAUCCUAAAUGUAUUGUUUAGUUGCUUCUAUAAAAGACACAUAAAUUAUAUUAAAAAACUCAUUUUAAUCAAAAAUAUUAACUUAUUUUAUGUUAUGCAAACUAUGCACAAAAUGUCUGCAUUACCAUUUCAGUAAGUGCCUUGCUUCCCCGAAGUGAGCUCCAACGUGGGCGCAGUGAAAGAGCUGUGCCUCAAAAAGCCAACGCUGUAUGCUUCCUAGACUGCAUCAUUCCAGACAGGCCUGACCAGUUCAGUCCAGAAUUGCUGAGAACCCUUGAGAUAUAUUCAGUCAUUCACAUGUUAAAACUUGGAAAUCUGUUCAGCCCCAUGAAGCAACCUUUUUUUAAAUGUCUAUAGUACUGGAAAAUUCUUUGUGCUUUUCAGAGUGACAGGGGGCACUUUAUGCACGUGCUCUGCCUGUGUAUCUGAUGCCAGCAGUCUCCAGAGUGAAAAAUGCAGUGUUCUACGUGAUGUAUACAUUUAAGGCGAUUCUUUAAACUAUUUUUUUGUUUGUUUUUUUGUUUUGGUCUUUUUGAGACGGUC